GCUGCGUUUUUAGUGCUAUGAACUAUGCUCAGGAUUUCGCAGGCUGUCCUUCCAGAGCUCUGGUCUCACAUCCUGACCACGUAACGCUGCUUGCCCAUUUUUCUCGAAAGAAUCCAAUGGAAGAGGGCAAGGUCGAAGAUGUCCGGGAUAUUCUACGGCUGAAUGUGCGAGGCUGUUUGUACACAGCCAGACGUGAGGCUCUGUGCCGCUUCAAGGAUUCCGCGCUGGCUUCCAUGUUUAGUGGACGCUUUCCUCUCAAAGUGGAUGAAUCAGGAGCACGUCUAAUUGAUCGAGAUGGAAACCUAUUUAAAUAUCUUUUGGAUUAUCUUCACGGAGAAAUUCGGAUUCCUGGAGAUGAACAAGUUCAAACUGCACUGCAGGAGGAAGCAGAUUAUUUUGGAAUCCCUUAGCCAUACAGUCUGUCUGAUCAUUUGGCCAAUGAAAUGGAGACAUACUCUUCAAGGUCCAAUAUAGAGCUUAAAAAGGCUUUGUUGGAUUUAUGUGAUUCUUACCAUUUAGUUUGUACCAAGCCUACAGUUUGGGUCCUGCACUAUCUCAACACUUCUGGAGCAAGCUGUGAAAGUAAAAUUAUUGGUGUGUAUGCCACAAGAGCUGAUGGGACUGAUGCAAUUAAUAAGAUGCUGGGAAUGAAAAUUCAUAGUAAAAGCAUGUACAAAAGAGAAGCUGGAAAUAACAUCCAAUACAUCUGGAGCUACUAUGCAGUAGCUGAGCUGAAAAAGAUGAUGGAUGCUUUUGUUACCUGGGAAGGGAGAGGUGUCAGCUACUGGAGAGUGCCUCAGGAGCUGACUGAAUGUUGGACUCUGGAAGAACGCCCUCUGAGAGGCAGUUUGCAUCAUGUGCCUCCAGUUUAUAAAAGGUAUACGAUUGACUACACUGAAGUGGAAGGUUAUUUACCAUGUCAGGUGGGUCCCCAGCCAGUUAGGUUCUCAGAUCCCUCAACAAGUACCCACAUAAAAGUCAAGAAUUCAUCUUCAUUAAAGGUACCUGCUUGCAAUGCUUCACAUUCUGCAGCAAUUCUUAAACGAAGCCAUAGUCAAAGUGUGAUGCUGCACAAAGAGGCUUCUGAAACCACAUCCACAACAUGCACAUCAGUGCCCAGCAAGUCCCAGGCUCCCAGUGGAAGGCAGAGUGCUGGCAGUGGGACACUGAGCCAAAUGCCAUCCCAAGGCACAGGGAGUAAGAAGCCUGCAGUGGAGCUGAAAAGGACUCUGCUUUUUCUCGUGACACCAUCUCCACCACCUUCUUCUGCAUCCAGUGAAACAAGUGAACAGGACAGUGUUGAUGUUGAAAUGCCUACUACUUCUGCAGUACUGAACAAGAAAGAACCAGCUGUAUUAGCAGGAAGUAUUGCACUUAAGAAUGAUAGUGGAUGGAUAGUGUUUGACUUAGUCUGA